AUGGCUGGCUGUUCUUUCAAAGCCAUCGUUGAGGAAGAUCUCCAGGAAGACACUGAUGAGACUAAGGUUAGUUUAUUAUACAGUAUAUGUAAAUUUUCUACUUCUUUAUCUACAUUUAAAUAAUUUCAUGAACUAUUUAUAGCCGCAAGCACACAUUAAUAUUGCACAACAAUAUGUAAAAAUGUAAAAAAAGCUCACAAAAAAUGAGAAAAUUGUACACUCGUACACUUUUUUGGAGUGAUAUGCCCCUUGAAAUUAAAAUACUUUAUAAUACUCAAUUAAAUGAUAAUUUCUAGAAAUGUGCAGUAUGUUUUAAAGAAGCAACAGAAGCACAUCGAUGCAAAUUGUGCCACAGACCAGUGCAUUUGCCAUGCGGACAGCCAGUUGGCAAUGAAGGAUAUGGGCACAAAGUUGUUUGCUUUGUGUGUGAUAAAAAUAAAUGUUUUUUAUUUACAUUGGUCCGGUGGGGAUAAUAACAUUUUAAUUUUGAGCACUAUGGUGAGCUUUACAAGAUUGGUGUUAUCAAAGUGUUUUGUAAACAUGUGAAUAAGGCUGCAAGAAACCAAGACGAGAUAUGUGACGUAACUAUAACGAAAUAGUCUUAAACCGUUACUUAAUAUUGAUUAGCUAAUUAAAUUGUCAAUUUGCAAUUGGCAAUUAUUGCAUGCUUAUCGAUAUGGAUGAUUUUUUGUAUAUUUUGAAACUCAGUGACUGUGUUUAGUCCGUGGAGAAAUGAAAUAGUGUCACCUUACACAACAAAACAUUGACACCUGUAUGCUCGCUCUAUUCCAGGAAAAAACCCAAGGCCCCAAAACCUCCAGAAACGGCAAGUUAUGUGGGAUUGGAAGAAAGGAUCCCCGAAAAUCCCAGUAAAGAAGAUGAAAAUGGCAGACAAUGAAGAAAAAAACGAAAAGUAUGUUUGUCUGCAAUGUUUGAAACAGUAUUUGCAAGGAAAGCGUGAUAAGGGUAUCAUUAAGGAAGCAGUCGCUCUCUAUCUCCGUGGAGAUGAUGUGAUUAAAGCCCACAAGAAAAUCACGUUUUUUUCGGGCAGAGCUAAAGAAUACUUUGUGUCAAAAGUUGUAGAUCGUCAUCAUGCUGACAGUGGAUGUUGUCCCUUUCUGGCUGACACUGAAUAA